AUGUCGUGCAUUGGUUUAGCGGAAUGUCGUUCCCUGCUAGACACAUUGUGGGCUGUAGAUCUCAGUUUUGUACUAAGUGAGGAAGCAUUUCUUUUUGUGCAACUCUGUUGCCAGUACAGGACUCGUGUAAAAUCUGUCAGUGGAAAUAUGACAUCUCUUGGCCUCGGACACUCACCUAUCCCUUAUUCUUCUGUUUCAGCUGCGUCGUACCGUGGACCCGGGGAGGAUGAAGACAAGGACUCGUAUGCGGCUAGAAUCGCAUUCACGGGGAACUCGCGGAUCCUGGGCCCGAUGUGCAUAGUCGUUGGCGCCCUCAUGCUAGCCCUCGGCGUACUGCUGUGCAUGCUCACCAGAAGGGCGAGAAGAAGGGAGCGUAGGGUCGGCUUCCAUUGCCCACUUCAUGGGGAUUUUUACCCUCUGAGUCCUGUUCAGGGUGUCAAGAUGCUCGGUAUGUCAGGCAAGGAUGUCAGUGGUUGGUCAAAAAUCCCGUGCCUGAAGGGACGGUCCUCUGGCAAAGGUGGAAACGCGUCCUCCAGCGCACAUGUGGGUCCGCCACAAUGUCCGCACUCCGUGCUGAGCAGCACUCGUAGUUCCGUCAGCAGCUCCCCAUUGAGUCCUUGCCCAACGCCUAUGCCGUUCCUGGUCACCUCGGGCUCGGUCAGUAGCGGGAUGGUUCAAAGUGUCGGUGCUAAUUUAUCCCCGGACCAAACAUUCGGAUCGAUUCGAUCGCUGUCAGUGACGAGAGAAGUCGCCAGUUUCCCUCUAUCAAGAACGCCUACGCCGCCUCCGCAACACAGAACGCCGACGCUGACGAACCCAGAGGACCUAGUGAAUGUCGGGAGCCCCUUGAGGGAGGCUUCCCCGCGGCCAGAAGUACGAGUGGUGGCGCCAUCUCACCGGCCGCCAUCAGUGCUCGCGACGGUGAACAACGCGACCGGCGGCAAUGGGUCCGCGAAUCGCAAGUCGGUCAGCAUACUGCUGCCCGAGCACUCGAGCGGAUGACCCCAGCAGCAAAGCGGCUUUGUGCAUCGUUGCGACAAGGAGCCACCAUCGAUCUAGGGAUCCAGCGGAGACCGAACGACGAAGAAAGGCGAAGGCAACGAUGACGAGGCUCGAUUGCGCGACGAAGGGCCCCGGACCAAGUUCGUCGAGCAAUCGACGCUCGAGUUUCAAGGGCGGCGACCAUCAUCCGCGGCGUCGUGGCACUUCCAGCGAAAAUCUAACCCGCGCCGCGGCGAUGAUCGCGCGCAAUUACGAGCAUUCGUUCUUGGCAGCCAGAUCUCUGUCGCGAAUUAGGGGUUCAGCGAUAUCAGAGUGACUGCGGAAAUUUAAACGGAGUAGACCGAACCAGUUAAUCCGCGCUAUUGGCAAACAUUCAAUUAUCGACUUCGCUCCGACAGACCAAAUUGCUGGAUAAUUCACGCUGCCGGAGUGAUAGCCGAGACGACGACUCGUCGAGCAAUUUCGAGCUAAUUCGUUGUAUCUCCGUAGCACGCUCUGCUUCUUUUCUUCGUUCGAGUUUCGCGCUGAUAUUCUGACUAUUGUACACUCGCGGAGGAACAGCCUGUUAAGAGAGUUUGCUAGAGUUUGCGAGAGUUUCGAGGUCGAAGACGUAGAAUCUCAUCUACCUUCUUCCUCUGCGAGAGAGAAGACACGUCGAACGAUUCUCAGAGGCGCAACGACUACGAAUGUAACGUUGAGGAACUGCGAACUGUUUCCCGAAACCAAUGUAAGCUCAGGUACUUCGUAGAGCACGUCACCUGGCUGAAAGUAGUUGGUCGAAGCUCGCGAUUUGACACCGUAUAAAUUUAAGAAACACGAUCCUGCCAUGCGAGAGGGUAACAUAGACCCCUUACCUCUUGUUCUCUUGCAAAAACGUUUGAUCCUUGAGUUACCUAAGCGUCGUUGGCCUCUUCGGGGACGUGUACCUCGAAUGAUCGAUACGAGGAGGUAGAAGAAUAGAUGGAAACGUGCGUGGAAAAAAUUCAGAUCACUAGACAGCGUGUAAUACCUGUGCGAACCGUGUAGAGUGCAACAGAGUCCAAGAUCAGAACCCUUGUACCGGAGUAAUCCGUGUUCAUCGAUUGCCAAUGUUUAAGUUGCCCCUGUCGAUUGCAAAAAAGAAGCAUUUGCGAGGCUUCGCAAGAUUUCUCGACACUCUCGUUUUAAGAUGAGACUAAAGACCAUGCUGCUCUGUCGUUAUACUUAUCGAUAUUAAUAGUUUGGCUCAGGUUUAUGCAGCUUUGGGCUACGCGAAGAUCUGUCAGAGCUUCAGAGCGAGAGUCUCGAGAGCUAGGAUCAACGUAGCGAAUGGAUCUUGAGUAUCUUACCCUCGGGAUUGAUCGUUCAUCCUUAGGUCAGAUGAGAUGAGAGAGACGCGUUGAUCCCAAGGCUUAGGGUCUAACUCUAAUGUCGCAACCUUUCCUUUCUUCUAUAAUUUUUGGUUAAACAUGCUGUAACUUUUGGCGAAGGAUUCUGUAACGUUUGCGUAACAUUUUUGCGUCUGAUGCUUCUGAUAUCCCUCGCUUUCCUUGUUCAAUUCUGCCACGGUAAUUCGUAUCAUGGGCUAACUAUAUCACUGAGAAAAAAACCUCCUUUUGUAAUCGCUUGUAAUGCUUCUUGGAGUGAAAAUCAUGAUGAGAAGAAAAUCUCGAUUUAACUCUGUACUUUACAAGGCAGUAUAUGCGUAUCGAUUAUUGUUACCAAAUUGACAUAUGGCUGAAAAAUCUAGGAUUAUUAGAACGACCUAAAGUUCAACUGUAUUCACUGACAAUCCAACUACUGGUCGAGUAUCUAAAUUCUUGUUUUGUAUUUGAUUAUACACCGAGAUGAAAGACGAGAGACUGGAAUCCGUAGGUAAAGUAGGAAACUGUAUAAACGGGUUAAUUUUCUGUUCAUGUCGAGGAAUUUUAACGAAAACGCCAUCGAAUUACCACAUAGUAAGGCGACGGAUAUCGUACCUUGAAUGCACUCAACGUUCCACACCAGAACUUUAGAUACGACAAUCAAUGGACCCCGAGAAAUCAUUCGGAACGAAUUGUUGCGUUCUUCGUUGCGGCCAACACGCCGGCUAAUAUAACAAUAAUCCAUUACACGUGUUCCUUUCCGGUGAUGGAAACGCGCAGGAAGGCUGCACGAGGUUAACGAAAGGUUUCGCGAAAUCGAAGGAAACCCAUGCUUAUACAUUCACAUGAACAUCGACUGCUAUUUGACUGUAUGUAAAUUUAUAAAUGUCAUUCCACUGUUGCUGCUCCGAGUUAAAUCGACGUGAAGAAUCGAUUUUACACAGUGCAUUCGUAAUUCACUUAGAUUAGUUAAACGUUGUCACACGAUAAAAAUCUUGUUCCCAUCUGUGGAGAAAUCGGUACAAUAAUGUUCUUACAUAUAAGGAUAACGUAAUCGAGGAUCAUCAUUGUACAUGCACCUGAGAAAGGCAUGGAAGACGAAACGUGCUCAGAAAUUAGAUUAAAAAAGAAAAACAGAGACAAAUUGCUCCUAUGAACAAACACCAGGAAUAUUGUAAACGAACUUAAAAAUGGAAGAGAACAUUUCUAGGAAAGAAGGAGCAAUUCUGUACCUUCCUUGUUCGUCACUUUAGGCAAAUUAACAAAUUCCACCGUCUGAUAUAAGAUCUAGCUACGAUCUUUGCCCACGAUAAUAGAUUUAACAAGAAAAAACAAAGAAAAAUGAAAAAAAAAAACGCUUAGGUGAAAUUAAUCGAGAAAAAAAGACUCUUAGGAUUCGUUGAAAAAUCCCUUCGAUGGUGCUUCGUGGAUUAGUGCUUGAUCGAGAAUAUCGAGAAGAAAUCGUUGAACGACUUACUUCGAUUUAGGAAAUUAUCGUGGGCGCUAAUUACACACAUAGUCUCUAAGAUUCUAGACUUAAGGUAACGCAUAUUGAGUCGCUCACGAUUCAGAUGCCUGCUCGGUGAUCGUGACAAGCUGGCAAGCUUCGGCGAAUCUCGAUCGACCUAACCUUAAGCUCCGUUUCCAUCGCAAAGCAACGAGCUCUUUCGUACGUUCAUGGCCGAAGCCACGGCUGUUCAAUGACACUGUUCAGCUGUUCGAGGUCUCGAACAGCAACCGAGCAGACACACAAGGUUUUAAAUAAGACUCUAGUCCUGUAAAUACGUAGCUAGACGAAACGUGAAAUGAAAAAGAACGAUCGGCAGAACUGUUCACCCUGGAGACAUUCUUCAGGUAUACCAUGGUAAAACGUUCGUGGCCUGCGUCGAGAUUCCACCAUUGUCGUCCAUUGCAAAUCGAGGAAACGUUAUUCCAUUACAAAGACCAAUUGUUAUUUCGUUGAGCCAGUCGAGAUGUUCAUACCUGCAAUCAUUCAAACGAAAAAAAAA